GUCUGACCAGCCACAAUGUGUAAGCCUGCAUUAACUAUGCAGUGUAUCCCCGGAGUGCAAGGCGCUGUCCCAUCACUUCUGCAGCUGGAGACAGGAGUUGUUGGUCUUCCUCUGCAGAUCAGAGCCCUCGCCACUGAUACCAUGACCGGGUUUGUGGAGAGCAUCCCCCGCCCUCCUCAACCAAAGGGAGCGUCUCUAGGAUUUUCAAAGUUGUUUGGUUGCGCCAUUCCUAUUGCUCAGAUCGCAAUUGGGUCCGUGUAUCUGGAUGACUGUCCGGUGCAGCCCUACAUCCCCAUCUACUUGAUCGUGUCGGGGGUUUUCGGCGUGAUGCUGGCGCUGCUCACCUGCAUGCCCUUCUCCCAGACGCCCGAAGACUGCACCAGCAGCCCCAUCAAGCUAGUCUGCGUCACGUGGAACUCGUUGUCUUCCUGCUUCUUCUUCUGCUGGUUCAUCGCCGGCAAUGUGUGGAUCUACUCUAUUUACGAGCCCGAAUAUGUCAAGAACUCAACGAACUUGGACGUUUACUGCGACAAGACGCUCUACCUGUUCGCCUUCUGGACCACGACUCUGGGCUACAUCCUGUUCGGCGUGAUCCUGCUGAGCAGCUGCUGCUUUAUGGUCUACCACUGCCUGUGUGACUGAGCUGACGACUAGAGACUUUUGCCGUGGGGUUGGGCUUGUCUUCUGCACACGUCGCGUCAGGCUCUAUGUGUCUCACGCGUAGUGAGGCUGCGGGUGUGCUGUGCUAACGAUGGAGGCACAAGAGUAACUCUGAAGAUUCUACAGAUUUUUAACACUGAUUAUAAAUAAAGAUUCCCAAUCGCCGAGCCCUCCCUCACUGUCUCUCCCUGUAUGAUUGUUUAAAUGUGCAGCCGGAAUAUGAGGCUCAAGCUUUGUCCAUGAUGAAAUGAUUAAAUGGCUGUUUUUUUGUGAA